AUGAAAGCCCACUCAACCGCGAGUCCAGCCCACACAACCACACCAACUCUCCCCAAUCCAGCAGCCCUCGAGUCUCCCCGACUCCUCCCCGCACCUCAGCACAGAGACGCCACUACCACCACCGCCGCAAGCGACGACGGGCGGCCUGGCGGCGCUGAGGCGGCGCGCGCCGUGAAGGAGACGACGGGGAUCGUGGGCCUUGAGGUGGUGCCCAACGCGCGGGAGGUUCUCAUCGGGCUCUACACGCGCACGCUCAAGGAGAUCGAGGCCGUCCCCAAAGACGAGGGCUACCGCAAGGCCGUUGAGUCCUUCACCAAUCACCGCCUCCAGAUCUGCCAGGAGGAGGACGACUGGAAGCGCAUCGAGGACCGGAUCGAAUGCGGGCAGGUCGAGGAGCUCAUCGAGGAGGCCGAGGACGAGCUCAAGCUCAUCGCCAAAAUGGUUGAAUGGGAUCCGUGGGGUGUUCCUGAUGACUAUGAGUGUGAGGUGAUCGAAGACGACACCCCAAUUCCUAAGCAUGUUCCUCAGCACCAGCCUGUUGCUCUUCCUGAGGAGUUCUUCAAGACACUGGAUGCUGUCAAAUCUGAUCCCCGCUCUCCAAGGCGAUGCUCCUCCUCAGGUGAAGGCGUAAAGAUGACUCUUCCCGGUUAUGUCAUUUCACAUUUUGCUGUGUUGAGUAGGGACUAG